UAGAAAAGAAAGAUCAUGCUCUUUUCAGAGCGUUUGGGAGUCAAUUGAAACAGCGGUGAGGAAAAGCUUCCCUUGCCAUUGUGCCGAAUCCAUCAUCUGCAAUUCUUCUUCUUUUUUAAAUCUGGGGUGGGGGACACGGUCAAGAGGCGUGAAAGUUUUGACGGAAAUGCCAAGGUAUAACUUUCUCCACAAGGAAAACUUACAAGGAUUCUGAAAGAAGAAGUUUCCGAUUCUGGCUGGGAUGAUGAAAACAUCGAUGGGAAACCAGGGAAGUGGGCCUGCUACAGAGACUGGAGAGGAGGAGGAAGAUAAAGGUUCAUCAAGUCAGCCUAUUGCUCUGAGGAAUUGUUUCCACCUGCAGAGGAACAGUAUUCUUGAGAAGCUCAUCAAAACCUGCCCAGUUUGGCUCCAGUUUGGCAUCAGUCUGGAAAAGACUUCUGAUAUACUCUGCAAGGAACCAUCAGGGGUAUUUAUGGUUCAGAAAGAUGAGACCCUGAAAAAUCUAUUCCUGUUAGUUCAUUUUCCAGCCGAGAAAGAGGGGUGUGACAUUCUAGAAUACAAGAUAAAAGAAGAAAAAUCUUUAUUGCACCUGGAAGGAUCUCUUCUUGUGUUUGAAGACAUCUUCAAACUGGUGGCAUUCUACUGUGUCAGUAGAGAUCUGCUUCCGUACACACUAAGAUUGCCACAAGCAAUAUUGGAAGCCAAUAGUGCCACGGAAUUAGAAACCAUCUCUGAUUUGGGGACAGGUUUCUGGAACUCUUCUUUACAUCAAAGACAAGGAAAAAGGCUUCUCCAUUCUGUGAAAGACCCUGCUUACAUCACAGCUCAGGCAAAAAAAGGAAAGAACCCCAGCCAGCCUUUUGCAAGCGGCACGAACAAUUGUUCAUGUGAAACUGAGCUGGCAAUAGGAAGUGACAAGCUGUGGUUUGUAAAUCCUAUUUUUAUAGAGGAGAGCAGCUAUCAAUUUCCCCCACAUGUUUCUCCUUCAGAGAUCUUCAAGGAGAGUCCUUCUGGUGGUAGAAACCUUGUGACAAAACCUCCAAAGAAAUCUCCUACUCGACGUCCUCCCCCUCCUCCUCCCCCUCAUUCUCUUCCUCCUCCUUCUCUUCCUCCUCCUUCUCUUCCUCCUCCUCCUCUUCCUCCUCCUCCUCCUCCUCCUCCACCACCACCACCACCACCUCUAUUGUCCUUUCAUGCUGGGAAACAAGCCAAAACAUCUUCUAUGACCCCUUCCAAAGAGGAUCAAUUCCAUAAUUUGGAGAAAACCAAAAAGGAGAUGAAAACUGAAAUUAGCAAAGACAAGGAAGAUAGCAGACAAGAGCUCUUUUUGCCUCAUAGCCUUCCAUCUACAAAUUCAAAGAAGAUUCCUCCAUCCAUUCCGCCAAGGCGAUGUUCAUCUGAGAGAACUUCAGGAAACUCUUGCUUUGAUAAAAGUCAGAAAUGUUCACGGUCAGAAGAACAACAAGUAGAAAAACAGAAUAGGAGGAAUGAAACUUUGACUAACGAUCACCAGGGUGAUAAAGCUCCAGAUGUAUUGGUGGAAGUGACAGAGAAAUCUGCCUCAAAUGCUCAAAAUGUGACACCUGAUGGAGAGGACAAGAAGGAACUUACGGAGCAGCAGCAGAAUUUAUCAUCUGGAAAACCCUCCCAGCCUCCCAUCCCACCACUGAGAAAGAAGAGGUUCUUUAAACAAUCAUCAUCUACCAGCUCUUUUUCUUUGGAGCACAAGAACAUUGAAGAGUCAGAAGUUCAAGAAGAAAAUAAACAAAGAGUAGAAAAAACUUCCUCUGUUUCCAAAAAGGAAACAAAAUCUCAUCUUAAGCUUGUCAGAAUAUCAGAUAGUGAACGUUCAAGUGAUUCAUUGCAUUCUCCUGUAGGCAAUGCAAGGGCUCAAAUGUCUGCCUCUGAGCCAGAUUCUUAUUCUACAAGCAGCACUGAAGAUGAAUUUGAAUUGAGGACCAGUCCUACAGUGAAGAAGACCCAUUCUAUGAUUUUAGGCAGGGCCAAGCGUCGUCUGUCCAUGGUCAGCCUAAGCAAUGUCUUCACAGCAUUUCUCUCUUCUGACCGAAAGCUCCAGAAGAAGAUUGUGGAACUGGCCCAGGAUAAAGACUCUUACUUUGGCAACUUGGUGCAGGACUAUAAAGUCUACAGUCUGGAGAUGAUGGCAAAGCAGAUCUCCAGCACAGAAAUGCUACAAGAGAUUCGCUUAAUGAUGACACAAUUGAAAAGUUACUUAAUUCAAAGUACCGAGCUGAAAUCUUUAAUGGACCAGACAGUUCACACAGAUGAGAAGCUAGAGGUGAUAAUAGAAUCCGCUUUGCACAAAUGUGUCUUGAAGCCUUUAAAAGUGCCCAUUGAUACUUACCUACGGGAAAUCCAUAACAAAGAUGGAUCUUUCAAACUCCUAAAGGAAAACCAGCAAGUCAUACAAAAUACAACCACAACCGAAUUGGGAGUCACCACUAGUGUGCCUGAAUCUGCAUUGCUGGAAAGAAUAUUCCAUAAAUUCACAACCAUGACCAAGGCUUAUUCUCCAGAAAAGAAAAUCAGCAUUCUACUGAAGUCUUGCAAACUCAUUUAUGAUUCUAUGACUCAAGGGAAUCCAGGGAAGCCUCAUGGAGCAGAUGACUUCCUCCCAGUGCUCAUGUAUGUUCUGGCCCGCAGUGAUCUGACAGAGAUGAUUCUCAAUGUAGAGUAUAUGAUGGAACUUAUGGACCCUGCUCUGCAGCUGGGUGAAGGUUCUUAUUAUUUAAUCACUACUUAUGGGGCAGUAGAGCUUAUCAAAAGCUAUGAUAAGAUCGCGGUCACUCGACAACUAAGCACUGAAGUUCAAGAUUCAAUCCACCGCUGGGAGAGACGGAGAACACUUAACAAAGCCCGGGCAUCUCGAUCGUCUGUUCAGGAUUUCAUUGCCAUUUCUUUUAUGGAGGCUGAGGCCAAAACAAGGACACUGGCAUAUCGGACCGACUCCACGACUCAUCAGCUAAUUCAGCAGUGCGCUGAGAAAUUUGAAGUCUCAGAGCCCCAGGACUACGGACUGUUUGUCCAAGUGGAUAACAAAACUAUGCAGAUGGAUGACGAUGCCCUCCCUCACCAGAUCAAAUCCCAUCUCCUGAAUAAAGAGCCCAGGCUGACUUUCUGCUUUAUUUAUAAACAACUUGGUGGAGAAGAGUCACCAGUUCCCGUUAUCAAGGACACAGGUGCCUUGUAGCAGCAAGGCUACUCUCUUGAAGCAAACUUGGUUUAGAUGUUUUUUCUUCCAAAUCAUCUCCUCCAGCAGCAGAAACUUUCCAAAAUACAGUUUCUUCUCUGAGUGGUGACAUGGAUAGCAUAUGCAAUCCUCCUCUGGGGCAUUUACUUUACAGAAUUCGUUUGCAGUCAUAAAUGGAAUAGCCAAGGAAAGUUCAUUCUUGGAAAGGGGGAAAAAAGCAUUUGAAUAGUAGUUUGGAGAUUCAAACCAUGAAUCUGAUAUAGUGUUCAUGCCAGAUUCCUUGGCACAAAGUAAAUGGUCUUGAAGUUAUGGACUUCCUGGCAAAUUGUUAGACAUUGUAGCAUCAUCUCCUCAAUGUAUAACAGAAAGGGUGCAAGUUGUUUUUGAUGGUCAUCACAGAAAAUCCAAAUGGAUUGGAUUUCCCUUUAGUAGAACAAAAAUUAAUAAUGAAUUAAGUAGCUCAGAGUGAUUAGAUUCUCACAUAUCUGGCCUAAGAUGGCCUACAAUGCCCAACUAAUGGUAACUGACGUGGGGGGCUAUAGAGGUCUGUGCACUUACAUAAAAUCUCAGUGUAUCAAUAUAGCAUCUACUGAUAUUAACAAAAGAAAUCUGAGUGGCCAACUCUCAUGCUCUUUCUAUGCCUUUGUUAUAUUCUCUAGUUGCACACAUUGUAUCUCAGCCAAUUCACAGCCAUCUUUAUAUUUCCAGGUACUGUACAAAAUAAUUUGCCAUGAAGAUACAAUUGACAAUCAAGAGUCUGGCCAUAAAUUAAUGUAGAAAUGUUUUCAUUCCAUGUCUCCUCUAUCAAUUAUCGUUCAUAAAUUCAUUCUUAGGAGUGUUAUCACAAAGCAGUUUUGCAUCAGUAAUUUACUUCUCAAAGGAGAAGAACUAUAUGCCCAAACUAGAAGCUUUACUUUUGCAUGCCAAACCCUCUAUAUAGGACUGACAAUGAUACCUGUUAAAAACCAGGGAGAACCGUUGGCAGUCAGAUUAGGUGUGUGUCAGGGGUGGGUUCCACUUACCUUUGCUACCGGUUCGCAAUGGGAGCGUGUGUGUGUGCACACUUGCUUUGCUUGCACGUGGCACUUCUGCGCAAGCGCAGAGUAUCCAUGAUGACGUCUGGGCGGGUGGGCAGAGUCUCCUGCCGCCGUUACUACCGGUUUGCAAGAUAUGGACCGAACCGGUAGCAACCCACCACUGGUUUGUGUGCCAGAUUCUAACUUUUCAUAAGGUAACCACCUUUAUACCUGGAUGAAGAAGGAAAGCAGCAACAUAAGAAGAGAUGACAAGGGUGGAGAGGGCAAAGUAAAAGAACAUUAUUAUAGCAAAAGUUUUCAUGAAUCACAGACCACUUCAUUUAUCUGUGUCUUUAAGCUGUCAUAUUGUCAUUAUAAUAGGGGCUAUGAAAAAACUGUUGAUUUGAGGAAUCGUUGUUGUCUUCUGUUGUUGGUCCUCUGAACAUUUCACUCUGGGUACAGAAUGUGGCUCUUCAGAGCUCUCCACAGCAAUACAAAGCCAGACACACAACCUGGCCAUGAGAAGCUGAACCUUGUGUAUUAGCUUAAUGUGGAUGAUAGUUUUCGUAUAUGAGUCUGCAAUGGCAUCCAAUAAUGCUGAUUUAUACAGUCUGUCAUCUGUCUGCCUGCCUGCCUGCCUACCUACCUAUCUAUCAUCUAUAUCAUCUCUCUCUCUCUAUCAUAUCUCCCUCUUUCUCUCCCUCCCUCCCUCCCCCCCCCUUUCUCUCUCAUCUAUCUCUCAUCUAUCUAUCUAUUAUCUGGACUACUCGUUCAGCAAUAAUUCAAAGUUGUGAUGGUACUGAAUGAAUUGUACUUGCAACUGGUCCUUGAAGUUUUGAUAGUGAUCUGGGCAUUUGGCAACUUGUUUGCACUUAUGAGGCGUCUCAUAGUCAUGUGGUCACCAUUUGGAAUCUUCCUUAUUGGCUUCCCACAAGCAAAAUCAAUGGGGAAGCUGGCAGGGAAGGUUGCAAGUCAGUGUGGUCGAUCAUUUGCACUCUUCUCCCACCUGCUUCCCACUCACCAUUCCCCGUCCAGCAGCCUUCCUGCACUUGCACUGGGCCUUCUGGGCUACUUACAUGCCCUCCCCUUCUGGGCAGCAGCUAUUUACCUGCCUGCUAGUCUGCUUGUGAACCUCCUGGGACUCACUUAGCAAGCUGCAAUCCUCACUGAACAAUAACUAUGGGGAAGUGUCAGAAUUGCCGUCACAUGCCAUCACACUUAGCGAUAGAAAUUCUGGUCCCAUUUACUGUUGUUAUUCAAGGAAUACCUAUAUCUGUCUGCCCGUCUGCCUAUCUUGUUUGGCAUCUAAUUUUGGCAGCUGUUUGGCUUACCAUUGAUCAGUUAAGAUGCUAAACUGCUCUGGCAGAGCCUGAAAUCAAUAGUUUUGUUAGGUAGCUCUGCUGGACUAAUAUAUUGAUGUCUCAGUGUAAGAGGCCUUUUCUGCCACACAAAAAGUGUACCUUCCAGUUAUGUAUUAUUUCUUUUAAAUCUGAUAUUGAGAAGUGUGUCAUCUUUAUCAUAGCAUUUCAUAAGAUCUGUGCUCUAAGAAGACGUUCAGAAAUAUAUUAUUUUCUUGAUUUAUGUGUAUUUUAAUGGAAACCAUGUUAACAAAGACUUUGGAGUGGAAAAGCUUUAGUCACCCAGAUAGCCAGUCCUCUUAUAUCAGUCUGAUAAAGCAGUUUAGAAGGUCACAAGAUAACCUUUUGUACUCAGGGUCUAGAAGUAAUGUGGCUACUUGUAUGGACUGUCAUCAUCUCUUCAAAUAAUUCUGCAUUAUUUUGUGAGUUUAUAAUAUAAAUCAUGUGUUGUCUGAGGACAUUCCUCCUCCCAGAUAUGCUUGUUUUCUAUUAUUGUCAACUUUGCCAUUAAAUUCCCAUUCAAAAGAUUUAAA